AUGCCGGCGUCAGAUAUCAGUGACACAGAGCUCCCUCCUCCAUACAAUUUUAUCGAUGAUUACAGCGAGGGAGCUCAUCCGCAGAUUCUAGAAUCUCUGUUACGGUCAAACACCGCACAGCAAUCGUCCUACGGGACAGACGAGUUCAGCAAUGAAGCUCGACGGCUGAUCCGGGAGAAGCUCAACGCCAGCGAGGAGGAAGUUGCCAUUCAUUUUGUCCCUAGCGGAACAUCAGCCAAUUUAAUUUCGAUUGCUAGCUGUUUACGGCCCUACGAGGCCGUCAUGGCUGUGGAGUCAGGGCAUAUUGUGUCCAAGGAAGCCGGUGCAAUCGAAGCCACAGGGCACAAGAUGAUCCUAGUCCCUGGAGUAAACGGGAAAAUGACCCCAGCGAACCUGGAGCGCGUAUUCGAGCAGAAUCAGUUCUUUCCACACAUGGCCAAGCCGAGGCUGGUGUACAUCUCCAACGCAACCGAGCUGGGAACGAUCUACACAAAGGCCGAACUGUCAGCCCUCUCGUCAGUCUGCAAACGACUCGGUCUGCUCAUCCUGGUCGACGGUGCACGAUUGGGAGUAGCGCUGAGCGCAAAGAACAACGACCUGACCCUGCGCGAUAUGGUCGACCUCACCGAUAUCUUCUGGAUUGGCGGGACCAAGAUGGGAGCACUGCUGGGUGAGGCAAUUGUAGUCAAACACCACCUGGCUGAGGGCUUUGUUUUCCACCUCAAACAGCACGGGGCUCUGCUGGCCAAGUCCCGUGUGAUGGGUAUUCAGUUUGUCGAGCUUUUCCGGACGCAUCUGUUCUUCGAUCUAGCGACGCAUGCGAACAACAUGGCAGCGAAGAUCUCGGCCAACUUUGAGAAGCUAGGGUAUAGUCUCGCAGCACAGACGGAGACCAACCAAGUAUUUGCUAUCCUACCCGACCGGGUGGUUCGCAGACUACAGGAUCGGUUUGGGUUCUAUAUAUGGGAGAAGCGCGAGGAUGGACAUGCGGUGGUUCGGAUUGUGACCUCAUGGGCAACGGAUUCCCUUCAAGUGGACAAGUUCAAUAGCUGGGUGCAGCAAUGGACCGAGCUGGAUGUAUGA